AUGUACAUAGGCUCAUCUUCAAGUCAGGUUCCUCGCCGACUGUUGGCUGCCGAUGGCAUUUCAUCCGUCAAUCUCAAGCUGAAGGGUCUUAGCCGUGGCUUUUAUGCCAAGCACCAGCGCAUAGUGGCAGGACCGUGUGCUUCGGAAGAGUCUGUGCACGAUGGCCUCCCCUCCUCGCAACCCCAGACGAUGCAGUUUGUGCUCGGCAUGUCAGAUCUUCUCUUCGUCUCAGUCGCCACGUUCUCUGGAAAGGAGUACCUGUUCUCUGUGGAGCGAGCUGCGAAUCAUCGGGUUCGUGACAUCAAGAAGCGGAUAUGCGAGCGCGAGCUUCCUUCGAGCUCGGACGACGUGGAGCUCGUCCUUGCCGGCACACCUCUGGAGGACCACUGUCUCAUCAACGAUUUGGACAAGCACCGGGAUUUCGGAGCCGUGGGAUCCUGCCAUUUGCAUCUUCUCGUGCGGAAGAAUGCUCGUGUUCAUGCAAAGUCUGGUCCGGGCCGGACAAUGGAGCUUUCCGUCAAUGCUAUGGAGAUUGCGUCGUUGCCGUCAAUACAGGAGGUUGGCGACGAAGAAUGCCCUGCAGCUGUUCCUCUGGCCCUUCCCUGCUCGAGAAGCACAUCCAGUGGAACAAUCCAGCCGACAAUGCUUGGAAAUCAUCCUUCUCUGAAAGUGGAAGGCUUCCGGGCGAUGAUGAGGGAUGUGGGAACCGGCCUUCUCGAAGGCCACGUUCCGCAUCUGACUUCUGACGGCUCGGGUGGUACUUAUCUCAUGUCUGACGCUUCGGGCGCGUCGACAGUAGCUGUAUUUAAGCCCAUGGAUGAGGAGCCUCUCGCUGUAAAUUGCCCCCGCGGGAUGGCUCCGAGUCUUGAUGGGGAAGGGUUGAAACGCGGCACUCGAGUGGGAGAAGGUGCUUUCCGCGAAGUCGCAGCUUACCUUCUGGAUCAUCCACUGAACGAAGGAGACAGCGAGGGUUACGCAAGCGUUCCUCCGACCACGCUUGUUGGCUGCUCCGCCAGCUUUUUCCCUCGCUCUGGCUCUCCUAAGAGUCCGCUGGAUGACCUGGAAGGGAAGAAGGUCGGGUCGCUUCAGAAGUUCGUUCAAUCGUUCAGCAACUGCGAGGACAUGGGACCGUCGCGCUUCCCUGCGACGGAGGUUCACAAGAUCGCGGUUCUGGACAUGAGGCUUGCCAACACGGACCGGAAUGGUGCCAACAUUCUUGUACAGAGGAUCGACGGUCCGAGUGGGGUCAAGCUGAUUCCGAUUGAUCAUGGUUACUGCAUUCCUGAUAAGUUCGAGGAUUGCACGUUUGAGUGGCUUUAUUGGCCCCAAUCCAAGGUUCCCUUCGCUGAGGAGACUCUGGAGUACAUAUCUAAGCUCGAUGCCAACAAUGAUAUUGCGAUUCUCAAGGAGAGUGGCUGGUCUCUCAACCCAGCAUGCAUCAGGGUGCUUCAAGCUGCUACCAUGCUUCUCAAGAAGGGUGCAUCGGCAGGCAAGACUCCGUUCGAGAUCGGAUCCAUGAUGGUUAGAGAUGACCUGGAUGUCCCUUCUCUGAUCGAAUCCCUGGUGGAGGAAGCCGAGUUACAGGCUCAGAGGUGCAUUCGGGUAUACCGCCUGCCAUUCAGCUUUUCCCCUCCCUCUUCCCUCGUCCCUGCCCCUUCCGGCCGUCCCGCCGUCCCUCCUCCCCGCCUCCCCCUCCCCUUACCUUCCACCCUAGACUCCGUGCCGCCCACCGACAUGUGGAAGCCGUUGCUGCCACUCUCCAAGCCGUUGCUGCCACUCUCGGGGCAAGCGCGCAACGCCACCGUCCGAUCCGGCGUCACAUCCUACUUCCGCGUCCCCAGCACGUGUGGCGCCGCAAGCGGCGCCGCAGGAGGCGGAGAAGGGCGAGGAGCAGGGGCAGCGGCGGGGUGGAACACAGGAGGGGUAGGCGGGAGCGGCGGGGACGCGCGGUGGUACGUGAAUGUGGAGAUAUGGGGGCUGUUUGCGCCGGGCAACGACACGUCCGUGUUCUACCUGCCCAUGCUCAUGCUGAACAGCGCUGGCGAAGUGCCCACCGUGCUGGUUACCAACACGCUGCAGUAUCGCCUGGACGACCACACGAGCAUAGACUACCCCAAUUUUAGGUCGGGGCAGCCGUACCAGAUAGUGAGCGUGCCGCAGGACGACCUCGUUAAGAACGGCUCCGUUAACGCGACGGAGCUGAUAGUGGGCAUAUUCAGCGACUCGUACAUUGCGGAGGGGCAGGACCUCGACUUCACUCUUCAUCUCCCCGCGUUCUUCAAUUCGGAUCGUUCCUUCCUUCCCUCCCAACCCCUUCUUCCCUUUCCCUCCGCACCCCGUGCGCGCGCAGAGGGCAGGGGGUGUCCGCUGAACUGCAGUGGGCGGGGCGUGUGCGGGGGAGGGGGAGUGUGCCAGUGCCCCAAGGGGUGGGGCGGCACUGCUUGCGCCGAUGUGGUGCAUGACAUCCAGCCAGGUCUGCAGACCCUUGCUCCCGGGCAAUGGGCCUUCUUCCAAAUCCAGGUGACCCAGACAAACACCAAGCUCCUUAUACAGAUGGAGCGAGCAGCGGGUGAUCUCGUGCUAUUCGCCAAGCGCCAGGAGCAGGGCUUCCUGCCCUUCGGCAUGCCCACCGUCUUCGACUUCAACGGCUUUGCUGACAUGGACUCCUUCCGCCAGCGCCUCGACCGCCACCAGAUCGUCUGGAACCGCACUGAACCGGGCAUUAUCCUGGUGGCGGUGCUGAACAACGAUGUGGAUCUGAGGGAGACAGGCGGGUUCCGCCUGGAGUAUCGGCUGGCUGUGGGGCGCGAGGGCAGGGCGCUGUGCCCGUGGGACUGUGGGUGGCCCGCGGGGUUCUGCCAGGCGCUGACGGCGGACGGAGGGGGGGGUGGAGGGGCGGAUGGAGGGGUUGGGGGCGCGGAGACGCAGUGCGUUUGCAAUCCGGACUCUGCAGGAAGCUUCUGCCAGGGAGGGCUGCAGACAGCGGAGCUAGGCAAGGCGCUGAAGGGAGUGCUGCCUCCGGGGCGAUGGACGUACGUGCAGUUCACCUUUGACCCCUCCACCAACAAGCAGAUCGUCAUCAGCUUCACCCGCAAAGGCGGACAAGCGAGCCUGGUAGCAAGGCAUGGAGCGGUACCUUCUCUGCUCGAAAACGACUACCGGUUCACGGUGCGAGUGACAAACGACACGCUGGUGUCGCUGUUUGACGUGGUCAACUCGUCCCUGGAGGGGCCGUACACCUUCGGCAUCUUCAACCUCAAUUACUACGUGCACCAGAGCUGCGAGUUCGAGCUCGAGUUCAAGUACAAAGACUCCCCCAGCUUCUUUGACUCGCCCUACAUAAUAAUAAUUUACGCGGUGCUCGCCUUCCUGCUGCUCGUGCUCAUCGUCAUCGUGCUGCGCUGUGUCAUCCGCCGCCCGCCCCCUGCUGCUGACGUGGAGCUCUCCGCUCUCGGUGACAUGGACAGGCACGUGGAGGCGGUGCUAACAGGGGUGGACAGGGUGCUGGUGGACUCGUUCCCGCUGGUGAAGUUCAGAGACGACCUCUUUGAGUCCUCCGAUGACGCUCACAUAUCCCGCUUUCCAUCCUCUUGCCUGGCUAACCCCACGCUGCAUGCCAUUCCCACUCCUGCCAUUCACCUUCAUCAUUCCCCUCUCCACCAUGGUUCCGUGCUCUUGUACCCCUUUCCUCUCUCUCAUGGCCCUCACUGCAGCCUCCCAUCUCCCUCCCUUUUUCCCCUUUCCCCCUAUUCUCUCGUCAUCCUCAUCCAUCAUCCAUCAUCCCUCAUCCCUCAUUCCUCUUCCUCUCCUCCCUCUCAACCCCCCCUUCCCCUCUCAGCUCUGUGUGGUGUGUCUGGCGGACUACGACGAGCAGGAGAGUCUGAGGAAGCUGCCGGCGUGCAGCCAUUACUUCUUCAUCCUCAUUCCUCUCCGUCUCUGCCCUCCGCCUUCUCCCCCCUUCUCUUCCCGUCUCACAGCUGUGCGGUGUGCCUCGCGGACUACGACGAGCAGGAGAGUUUGAGGAAGCUGCCGGCAUGCAGCCAUUACUUCCACGUGUCGUGCAUCGGGGAGUGGCUGCGCACGCGCUGCUCCUGCCCCCUCUGCCGCCGCUACGUGCUCCUGCAGCCUCCGCAGCCCCAACAGCCAGAACAGCCACAGCAGGCAGGGCAACCCUUGCCCGUGCAAGCAGAGCAGACAGGGCAGCUGACGCCGCCCACACAAGCGGAGCAGAACAACGGGAGCUGUGCAGAGGGUCACUCGGAGCAGCUGCUGUCAGCCCGGCUGGGGCAGAGCAACGAGAGGUGUGAGGAGGGGUCAGAGCAUGGAGAGGAGGAGCGAGUGGCAGCGCAGGGGCAAGGGAUGGCGCAAGAGGGUAUAGAGGGAGGUGAGGUUAUAGAGGGAGCUGAGGUUAUAGAGGGAGCGGAGGAGGAUUGUGGUGUGCCGCACCUACAGCAGGAGCGGCAAGAGUUGCAGGAGGAGCAGCAUCGGCAACAACUACAAGAGCAGGAGGAAGGGGAGAGGGAUAAGCAGUGGCAUGAAGAGGAGAGACUGAUGAAGCGGGAGGGAGAGGAGCAGAUGAAGCAGGAGUGUGAAGGGGAGAAUGAUAUAUUCUGUAACCCAGAGCUAGGCUUGUUGGAUAGAGAUGGAAGGCAGCAUGGGGAGCGGCAUGGGGAAGAUCAUGCAGAACUGGCUGAGCAUGCAUGCAUUAGCAGAAUGCCAUAA